AUGCGUUUAAAAGAUCAUGCUCUGCCAUACUUCUGUACGACAAUGCUGUUGGACAAUAAGCCAGAUGGAACAAAAUCAAAAGAUGAAGAAUAUUACCUUUUAAGUGAUGUUCUCCCAGAGGACAAGGAAUUACGCUCAAAUUUGCACCAAACAAAAUUAGAGAAGCUGCUCGAAAGACAUGCAUUCGAACGUGAGGACAAAAAUUACGUGCGAGAAUGUCUGUUUUGUCGAUUCCUCUCUAACACAACAAGAGCGAGCUACUUGAAUCAUUUAUUCGAAAAACACAACUUCCACGUCGCUAAACCAGAAAAUUUGAUUUUUAUUGACAACUUAGUUGAUCUGGUAGCAGCCAAACUGGAUCGCCUGCAAUGCAUUUACUGCGAAGGUGUAUUUAAAGAUAGAAUAAUUUUAAAAGAGCACAUGCGGAAAAAAGGACAUAAGCGAAUCAACCCAGCCAACAAAGAAUACGAUAAAUUCUUCUUAGUGAACUACCUAGGUGAAAAGCCAACGACAUUGAAGCAAAACACAAAAAAAUACUUUGCCAAAGUCCACAGCACAACGCCACGUAGUCUCGAUGAUUGUGACCAGGACUCCAAUGCAGAUAGUGAUCCUGACUGGUCUGAAUGGACAGAAGAGAAUGGUCCCUUAAUCACAUGCCUCCUUUGUGAACACACUGAAAUGGAAUACGAGAGUAUAUUGGAUCACAUGGAACACAAGCAUGAGUUUUCAUUCACCAAAGCGACCAUGGGCCUGGACUUUUAUCACAAGGUUAAAAUUGUGAAUUUCAUACGACGACAGAUACAUUUAAAGCAGUGCUUGUCAUGUGAUACUAAAUUUGACGAUGCAAAGAACCUUGAAAAGCAUUUGAAGGAGACCAAACAUUGGACUUUGCACAAGGAAAGAUGGGACCAGCCCGAAUAUUACUUUCCAACAUAUGAGGAUGACCUAUUUUUAUGUUUCAUCCAAGAUGACGAUGAAAGCUGGUGGUCAGGAGAUGAGAAAGAGGCAGAAGACAGAAACACAGUGUCUAAUGAUAUUUCUAGAAAGAUGGCUUUAUCUGUGUUGGAUGAU